AUGGUCUCCGGUGUGACAUAUCUGAAGCGCGGUGCGGUGUUCGGCAGUGGCGCCUUCGGUACCGCUCUGGCGUGCGUCCUUGCAAAGAAGUGUGAGUCUGUGUCCGUAUGGCAUAUGAACGCCAAUGAGGCCCGUGUUGUGAACCAGAAGCACGAAAACGUAUAUUUCCUUCCCGGUGCACCGCUUCCAGCUAACCUUACCUUCACGGCCGAUGCUGAGGAGUGCGCGAAAGGUGCGGAGAUUGUCCUCUUCGUCAUCCCGACGCAGUUCCUCCGCGGGUUCCUCCAGAAGAACAGCCACAUCCUCCGCAACCACGUUGUUUCCCGCAACGUGCCCGUGGUGAUGUGCAGCAAGGGCAUCGAGCGCUCCUCCCUCCUCUUCCCCGCACAGAUCUUGGAGGAGUUCCUGCCCAACUAUCCAAUCGGUGUUAUUGCUGGCCCUUCAUUCGCCAUUGAAGUUGCUAAGGGAAUGCUGACAAAUGUUUGCACUGCCGCGGCCGACAUCAACAUGGCACGAAAGAUUCAGAAAAUCAUGACCACAUCCGACGGCUCCUUCCGUUGCUGGGCAACCACCGAUGUUAUCGGAUGCGAGAUCGCAAGCGCCAUGAAGAAUGUGCUUGCCAUUGCCUCAGGUGCACUAAAGGGACUUGGAACUGAGAACAAUGCCCGCGCUGCCCUCAUCUCUCGUGGUCUUCUCGAAAUCCGUGACCUGACCCUGGCACUUGGCGGCACGGGUGAGGCUGUCUUCGGCCUUCCCGGCCUCGGUGACUUAUUGCUCACCUGCUCUUCAGAACUCUCACGUAACUUUACGGUGGGCAUGAAGCUCGGCCAAGGCAUUUCCCUCGAAGAGAUCAAGCGCACCAGCAAGGCCGUUGCUGAGGGUGUUGCAACCGCUGAGCCGCUGGAGCGACUCGCCAAGAAGCACAACGUGCACCUCCCCAUAUGCCAUGAGGUCUACAAUGUGUUGUAUGCCAACGGUUGUGCCAAACGCUCGUUCAAGAAGCUCAACUCCUGCAAGUUGGCUGAUGAGGGGCUCCCGGCGCUCCCGCGCACUUCCAAAAUGUAA